CCUGGAUACAAAAUUUAGGUUGGCCCAUAUGUCAUGAAAUUUUGAAAAUGUGUGUUUUGUGUGUGUUUUGGGGGUGCUCAGCACUGCCUACCCAUGAUCGUGCACUGUAACUGCAUGUCUCUCACACACACACACACAUGUGGACAUCUACCAAUCAGAUCCGAGAAAUCAGAAUAUGCAAAUGAGUAGAUCGCAUCAUCGAGAAAGACCGCCAGAAAACCAAACUCAGAAGAAGAGGAAGCAGCCAUUUUGAGAACAGCAAUAUUUUUCUACCGUAUUUUCACUAUUUUAUGGAACAUCAUCCAACUUCACAGAUACAAAAUGUAGGACAACCAUGCCAGCAACAACAAAAGAUUAACAUGCUACGACGAAGACGAAAUCCCUUGCACGAAGCGCGUGACCAUGCAUGUAAUUGCAGAGACACUGAAAUGCUGGAGGCGAACUUCAUUAGCCCUCAAAAAGGCCGUGGUGUCUUUACCUUAGCACCAUUCCAGCAGGGUGAUUUUGUUGUUGAAUACAGAGGAGUAAUCAUUGAUGCAGCAGAAGCUCAGCAUAGGAGGAAAAUCUACCAUAAACAUUGCUGUGUCUUUUUGUUUGACUUUAAAUGGAAAGGCAAAUGGUGGUGCAUUGACGCAGCAUUGGAAGACAACAGUCUUGGGAGAUUGGUGAACGACGACCAUAAGACUCCUAAUUGCCGCAUGAAGUUAAUUGAGGUUGAUCGUAAACCACAUCUCUGUUUGUUCGCCCUCCGUGAUAUUUGCCAAAGAGAGGAGAUCACUUAUGAUUAUGGCGGAACAGACUGGCCAUGGAGAAAUGAGUCUUCCAAGAAAUGCAACUUGCAAGCAGGCGGCACCUCAAUGAAACCUGAGGGAAGUUCCAACUCCAGUGGAAGGCAAGCGCAGAAGAAGGAUGAUGAUGCCACUUGCAGCCUGGAAAAUGUGCCUUCUACCAGUGAUUUCCCAACCAGUGAUCUCUCAACAUGUGCCACUCAGGGUGAUGAUGCCACUUGCAGCCUGGAAAAUGUGCCUUCUACCAGUGAUUUCCCAACAUGUGCCACUCAGGGUGAUGAUGCCACUUGCAGCCUGGAAAAUGUGCCUUCUACCAGUGAUUUCCCAACCAGUGAUCUCUCAACAUGUGCCACUCAGGGUGAUGAUGCCACUUGCAGCCUGGAAAAUAUGACUUCUACCAGUGAUUUCCCAACAUGUGCCACUCAGGGUGAUGAUGCCACUUGCAGCCUGGAAAAUGUGCCUUCUACCAGUGAUUUCCCAACCAGUGAUCUCUCAACAUGUGCCACUCAGGGUGAUGAUGCCACUUGCAGCCUGGAAAAUAUGCCUUCUACCAGUGAUUUUUCAACAUGUGCCACUCAGGGUGAUGAUGCCACUUGCAGCCUGGAAAAUGUGCCUUCUACCAGUGAUUUCCCAACCAGUGAUCUCUCAACAUGUGCCACUCAGGGUGAUGAUGCCACUUGCAGCCUGGAAAAUGUGCCUUCUACCAGUGAUUUCCCAACCAGUGAUCUCUCAACAUGUGCCACUCAGGGUGAUGAUGCCACUUGCAGCCUGGAAAAUAUGCCUUCUACCAGUGAUUUUUCAACAUGUGCCACUCAGGGUGAUGAUGCCACUUGCAGCCUGGAAAAUGUGCCUUCUACCAGUGAUUUCCCAACCAGUGAUCUCUCAACAUGUGCCACUCAGGGUGAUGAUGCCACUUGCAGCCUGGAAAAUAUGCCUUCUACCAGUGAUUUCCCAACAUGUGCCACUCAGAUGAAGUCAACCAUUAUUGCCUAUGAGGACUACACUGAAACUACUCCAGAUGAGGAUGAAGAUUAUAUUCCUUCCUCUGAAGAAUCCAGUUCUUCGGAAGGUUCUUCUGUUAUGCCGCCACCCAUAAUGAAAAGAAAGGCUAUUCAGAUGAAGUCCUCCAUGCCUGAUGAUCAAGAAUCCAGUUCUUCGGAAGGUUCUUCUGUUAUGCCGUCACCCAUAAAGAAAAGAAAAAAAGGGGCCAUUCAUUUUCUAGACAGGUCUCCCAAGAUCAAUCAUCCUAAGGACCCAACAAACGAAGAUCAGCCAUCCACAUCCACAGCAAUAACAAUUCCAAAAGUUCAAAAAAAAAGUGAUGGCUCUAGAGUUUACAAUAAAAAACAAUUUUGCCUCUUUUGUUCUAAGCCAUUCAUCAAAAUAGCGAGGCAUCUUGAACAAGUUCAUGCAAAUGAACGGGAGGUAGCAUCUGCUUUAAUGCACCCAAAGGGAUCGAAAGCGAGGAGGGUUUCUUUGCAGUCAAUUCGAAAUGAGGGCAACUACAGGCACAAUGCAGCGGUCAUCAAUACUGGCAGGGGUGAACUGGUCCCCCGAAAAAGACCUACGAUGAAGGCGCAACACUCUGACUUUUUGCAUUGUUUGUUUUGCCAUGGAUUUGAGAACAUUCGGCAGAAGAUGCGUGAGCUCGGGCGACUUCUGAUGACUGCACGGAACAUAACUCCAGUGAAAGAUAUGAGGGACCUCAUUGACGCCAAGAAAUACCAGACAGUGGUGAAGGCAGUAAAGAACACAUGUGGAUAUGACAGUCAGACGGAAACUUUCAAAAUCAAAGGCCUUGCUCUGAAGCUUGGUCACAGUCUUAAAAAGGAACCUACACGAGGCCAAAUGGAACACGCCAUUGGUCCUUCCUUUUACAGAGGAUAUCCAGAAACUGCAUUCAUAUUUGGACUCAAAGGUUGA